CUUCAUAUGUGAUUAGGAACGCCUAAACGUAUAUUCAUUUGUCUUAAUCCCGGAACUCUAGUUUCUAUAUAGCGUACGUGUGUAUAGAUGGAAGCCUUGCAUACUGCAUCCCUAAACAAAUGUUGGAAAUCCGGAUCUCAGUGCACUUGAUCACCAUUUGUAAAUUUAUCCGGAGCAAGCUCAAGGCUAAGCGAAGGUCACCGGAUAGAAAUACACUUUUAGGAGUGGGAAUUUAACGGACGAUUGCACGAAUCAAGCUUAACCAGUCUUCAAAAUGCCAGAAUCAACGGAUGGGAGGGUGACUCUGAUGUUAGUGUUAAGCACGGCUGUGGCAGUGGUUGGCAACUCUCUACUGUAUGGAUAUAACAUUGGUGUACUCAACACACCUGCACCGAUAAUUCGUCAGUUUUACCAAGACAUUUAUUAUGACCGUGGAGGCAACCCACUGAAUGUCUCAACCCAACCUGUCAACGGCACUGCCUUUAAGAAAGAAGGUUUGACCACAGCUCAGCUAGAACUGCUGUGGUCAGUUACGGUCUCCAUCUUUGUAGCGUUUGGCAUGAUUGGUGCCUUUGUGUCCGGCAAAAUUGCUGAUGUCUUUGGCAGGCGUGGUGGGUGUAUGCUGGUGUCUGUUGUCAUGAUCAUAGCUAGUGUCCUGGGUGGAUUGACGAAGGUUGCCAUGGCACCAGAGAUGCUGAUCGCUCAUAGAGCAGUUGUGGGCAUUCACAAUGGUUGUAGUAUAAGCUUAGCGUCCCUCUAUCUGGCGGAGAUUUCCCCCAAGAGUAUCCGAGGUGCCAUCGGAACAUGUCACCAGCUGGCCAUCACUGUGGGCAUUCUUCUGGCCCAGAUCUUUGGCCUGCGCGAGUUGAUGGGUACUGAGCUCUUGUGGCCGGUCCUUGUUGGCUUCCAGGGUAUCCCCUGUGUUAUCUCCCUUGUUCUCUUCUUCUUCUGCCCUGAGAGCCCACGCUUUCUCCUGCUGAAGAAAAAGGAUGAGGAGGGUGCCCGUAAAGCUUUGGUAACACUGCGAGGGACAGAGAAUGUAGAGGAGGAUAUGGAGGAGAUGAGAACAGAGGGCAAACAGGCCAUGGCUCAGCCUGCCUUCUCUGCCAAGAUGCUGCUUACCUCCCCUGAACUGAGGAUGCCUCUCAUCAUUGCUGUUCUCCUGCAGGUGGCGCAGCAGUGGUCUGGAAUCAAUGCGGUGUUCUACUACUCAGAGUUUAUCUUCACUGGAGCCGGUGUAGCUAAAUCAGCCAUUCCAUACGCUAUUGUUGGUACAGGAACCAUCAAUGUCAUCACCACCAUUAUCUCGGUUCCUCUCAUGGAGAAGGCAGGCCGCCGACCUCUCCUGAUCUGGCCUAUGUGUGUCAUGGCCAUCUCUAUGCUUGUCCUUACCAUCUCACUUAAUCUUCAGGCCAAGGUUAAUGCUAUGGCUUACGUCAGCAUCAUCUGUAUGCACACCUACGUGGUGGGAUUUGCUCUGGGGCUCGGUCCCAUCCCCUUCAUCGUAGUCUCCGAGCUCUUCCGCCAAGCCCCUCGCUCCACUGCCAUGAGCGUCGCGCUCGUCUUCCAGUGGAUGUGUAACUUCGUUUUAGCUCUUUGCUUCCGAUUCCUUCAGGAGGCUGCUGGACCCUACACAUUUGUGGUCUUCAUUGUUAUCCUCGUGGCCAGCAUCCUCUUCAUCUUCUUCUUUGUGCCCGAGACGAAGAACAAAACAUUUGAGGAGAUUGCCCAGUCUGUGUCCAUGGGCCGUGCCCGGGGCAAAUCCAGGACGGUCAACCUGGGAGGCUCGUCCAAAGAUGAAGUUGAACUCAUGGAUUCAGCCAAAGCUUGAGAACAAUCUAGUUUAGGAUGUUUUCUUAAUUGUUGAAGGUAUCUUGAAAGGCCAAUCAACUGGUUGGGCACACUUCUAGACCAGAGAAGAAAAUGUGUGUGAUGAAGGCUACAUGUAAAAUCUUGUGGGUAGAUUUGUGGUUUUAAAACAGGUGUAUGUUAGAUAUAGUUGUAUGCAUGAUGAAAGAGUUUAAAUCCCAAAAGGAUUUUGACAGAUUUUUAAAGACAUAGGUUUGAAGUGUUAAAAAAUCAUAUUUUUAUUGGGGUUUUUUUUCAUUAUUUAUUAGGCCACAGUGUUCUUUUCUUUCAUUGGUUUUGUUCAUGUUUUCUAUUUAAAACUGGCAUUAAAUGAAAUACAUGUACAUACAUACUAUUAUACUAGUAGCAGUUUUGAUAUAGGAUGUGCGAAAAAGAGAGAAAAGAGGAAAAAAGUAGUGGGAAACUCCAAGGAGAUAAAAAAAAAAACAAAAAAAAAACAAACAAUCUGAAGUAAAAAGAAGCUGCCCAUAGAUAAAAAAGGCAAAAUUAAAUGGUGGUAAAAAGUAGAUGGAUCUUUUGAUGUUGUUUUACCGUAUUAACAGUUUGAAAUUCUGAACACUGUUACUGAUUUACAGCUACUUUGCCUAUCUUUAAAAUGCGAUGUAAUUAUGAGUGUUUGUGACAACAGAGUGAGUUGAUAAGCUUAGGAUGACAUGUACAGGUGGAAGUUAUUCUUCAGGACUUGUACUCCAGUCACUAGUCAAAUCUUUAUUGGUGUAGAAACACCAUUGUCAUCUCAUGCUGGAAAAUGUCAAAGAAACCUUUUUUAAGAUCAUAUCAUAGUUAAUAAUAGCGUUGACUUUACAUGACAGUAGCAAAUCAUGUGCUAGUACUCAUUGUAGAGUGUAGAUACACUGUACGCAGGCUAACUGAAGUAGUUGUUAAGCUUGAUACAAUGCUCAUGUACAAAUUGUUAAUCCUGAUACAUUAAAACAGGUACAGAUGUGUUUUCAGACAUAGAUCAGUGUUAAUGCAGAUAGAGGUGUAGUGUCUCGAAGCAUUCUGGGAUGAUUUUAAUGAAUUUUGAGUCAUCCGUGUUAAUGUGACCUUAAUUUAUUACUUCCUGUAGAAGUAUGGAUAAUUUCAGGUGAUGUGUUUGUUUCCAAGUUACAGGUUACAUGUAGUACUGCAUAAGUACACUUAUGUAUCGGAUUGUACUCAUACUCCUAAUAUACACCAGUUAUCAAAUGGGAGCCAUAGUGUACAUGCACAAUGGCUAAUUUACAUGUAGCCGUAGAUGUUCAAGAUAGAUUGUUCAAACACACGUACAAACAAGUGUAGGAAAUGCUGUCUGCAGUAUGAUCGUCAUGUUUUUUGUUUAUUUUUUGUUGUUAACAGUGACAUCAUGAAGUGAGAAUGUUAUAAAAUUAUUCUAAAAUGUUCGUAGUAACCAACGUGCAAUGGUAAGAAUAAAUAUAUAAUGCGUCAAUGUUAUUCCCAUUGAUGAUAUUAUUGAAUGUUGAUUAUCGCAGUACUAGCAUCUACCUGACAGCAUUGUCAGUGCAGGAUGAGUGUAACAGUGCCAUCACUGACACCAUUACUCCAUUAUCAGGAUGAUGAUAUAAGUGUACAAUGUACAUGUAACAGAAACAUCAUGCCUAUUACAACAGUGUUUCUGGUGGUGUUGCACAAUGAUGACAAAUGUGGUGUUAUCUGUAAGAUGAUUGUAACAGUGGUGAUUCUUGUAUGGGGUAACAGUAUGGUGUUCAGCAUGAAGGGGAUAGUGCAACAACUGGUUGACCCGUAUCAGGAUAAUGGCUCGGACGGGGCGGAUUACUUGCCUUCGGUAAGUUGUCUCAGUGAAGCAGCGCUAGAUAAAAGGGUGGUGGAAAUCCGUCCUGCAACAAGGAGGUACAUUACAUACACCGUAAGGAUUCCUUCGUUAUUAUAGGACUGAAAAAUUGUUGAGCACGACGUUAAACCCCUAGCACGCACUCACUCACUCACUCAGAUGUAUUUGAAAUCUCCCUAUGACCAUAUGGAACAUGCCUUGGAUAUAUGCCCACAGGCUGUACAAAAUACAUGUAUUAUCCAUAGCUUGGUCAAAUGUGUAGGUGAAAAAUGUUUUCAUUUUGUUUUUCUUAAUAUUGUAAGAAAAUGUAUUGUUUAUGUGCACAGAAAUUUACAUGUACAUACAUUUGUACUUGAAUGUCAAGGUCAAGCUCUGUUGCUGCAUGAGCUGCAUUGUUGAUGUUACAGUUGUGUAACUGUAACCAAAAUGUCUUAUCUCACCAAGGAGCGAACGCAAACUACAGGGUGAAUAUCUCAUGCAUGUCUGCUCUUCGCCCUUUGCAUGUUAAACGCUACAGACUGCAGAUAGAAAAUGUAGCAGUUUGUACUUACCUUGAUCAGUAGGAAGCUGGGAAAAGUUGUUGCAGAGUGCAGGUGAGGUACUGAUAUUUAGGAUAUUUAGUGCCAAGUUUUAAUGGCCUGGUAUCAAGUUCAACACGAGGGCUGGCUAAUUUUUCCUCUUUUUGAGAAGUGUCAGUCAAUUUUUAAUCAGUCUCUUAAGGGUAUGAAUUUCGUUUUGUCAGAUAACCACUUUCAUUUUCUCCGAGUCUGUGGAUGUUAGAAAACCAGUAUGAGAUGUCUGCUAUAGUACUCUAUUGUUCUAUCUUGUGGUAGAAUGCAAAAGUGGAAGGUCUUGUAAUUAUGGUAGAAUGCUAAUAUUAGAAGUUUUACUACUCUCGUUUUAUUACUCUAAUUCCUGGUGGAAUGCAAAUAUUAGAUGUGUGUUCUUUUAUUUUAACAUUCUGUCUCUUGAUGGAAUUGACAUGUUCCAUCUGUUCUGCAAUUCUCUAUCAUGAGAUCUUAGAAUGUUUAUGGGACAGCUUUCUCAGCUACUUGAGGGCAAAGUUAACAAGUGGUUAAUUCACCAAUAAUGUGGACAGCACGUCUGCUCACAGAUUUUACUAUGUACAAAGCACAGUGAGUUAGUACAUUGAUGCUGCUUUAUACGUAUAUAUAGUUCUGUUGAAGUCCGUCUGAAAAACCCAGGAGCUUCUCACCGAUUCUGUCGCUGUGAGCUCAAGUGAAACUCAUGCGCGCUUCUUCUCUGGCCGUAACAUGGGAAGGCCUGUCACCAACCUGCAGAUAGCCAUGGGUUUUCCCAUUUCCUGAUUUCCUCCCACCAUAAUGCUGGACAUUGUCGUGUAAAUGAAAUAUUCUCAAGUAUGGCAUAAAACACAAAUCAAAUACAUAAAUCAAUCUGAACAUGGUGUGUUAAAAACUACACAGGGCAGGCAAGAAAUGUGGUAAAAGAGAAAAAGGAGAGAACAGUUGAUACAAAUUAAGCGCUGUUCCCUCCACAAAUGAAGUCUUAUUUUUAGACUGACCUACCGUUGAAAUAAGAGGGUAAAGUGGAGUUAUUUAACAUACUUCAGUAGCAGAAAAUCAUUUUUUUUUUUUCGUGUUUGGUGUUUUUGGAAAAAAUUGCCAUGUGUUUGCCAUGACUUUACGACGAGUCUCACUGGAAAAUGAGGACCAUCUCUCAUUUUAUUAUUUCUCGUUACAGAAAUAUUAUCUGUUAGUAAUUACUCUCCUUUUACAAUGGAAUUUGGUUGGUUGAACAGCUUGUAUGCCGUUGAUUCUGAUCUGUCUUAUCGCGUGGAAAUGAGGAAGCUUGACGGAAGUGCAACAUGUAUAAGUUAGAAAACAUGUAUUGACUGUUACUAAUUCACAGGUGAUGUGAAGUACUGUUUGACGUGUGUACAAUGGUCAUUACUGUUUGUAUUAUGUACAUAUACUCAGCUUUGUUUUCUGGAUUUUUAGAAGGUAGAGAACCUGCAGAUGGUCGUGGGUCUCUGCCUGGUUUUUUCCCCAACAUAAUGCUGGCCGCUGUAGUAUAAGUGAAAUAUUCUUGAGUAUGGCGUAAAACACCAAUCAAAUGAAUAAAUGAAUAAAAACAAUAAAUAGAAGAUAGAGUUGUAAGUUUUGUGUAAGUUUACAUUCUGUCACCUUACAUGGGAAAAAAUAAGAAGCUGAAGUUAUUUACAGGGGAUUCAACAACUGAGUCAGUUUUUUUUCUUUUUGCAUUUAUAUUACGAUGAGUUAUACAUUGUACAACCUUCAUUAUGUUUGCGUGUAUAUAAUUGUCCAUUUUGGGCAAUGUUUGGCCACAAAAUAAGUUUUAACGUAAUGUGAAACAAAAGAUAUCCAUUACUUAGAGUACAAUGCAAUUCAUUUUGUUUAAAUUCGGGAAGAAUUGGAAGUUUUAUAAGAUCAUUGCCAACUUACUCAUCAGUUAAAUCCAAUUGAAUAUAAAUAUAUAUAUGCGUGGAAGUCUUUUAUUGGCUGUAAUUUCAUCACUGUGUUGUGCGAGAGCAUUUGGCAGAGUUAUGUCCCUUGAUGUUUGCUGUGAAAUAAUUGUAGAUGUGUGACUGACAGCUAUAUCUGUUUUCAAACUUUUCAUCUUCUCCAUGCAUUUUAUCAUCUCUGGUCUUCACUUGAAAUCUGUAAUGUUUGGAAUAAGCUUGUAUAAAACUGGAAAUGUACUAAAAAAACUUUAUAUUUAAUUGUCUUAUAAUGCGCAUUUGUAGAAUUUACACUAUAAUGGUUGGGGUUCAAAGCCAGGAGUAAACAAUUUUUAACUUUUGGUAACAUGAAAAACAGAAGGUAUAGGAUGUUUGUAUAUAAUGAUAUUUACAGCUAUGUUUUACACAGUUAGCAUCUGCUUUAAACAUGUGCAUAUAUUUUGCUACAUAUAUGUACAUAUAAAGUAUACCCACUUUCAUCUAUUUGACAAUUUUGUUAAUGUAAUGAUUAUUUUUUGUUGAAAAAAGAAUGAGAUGGAUAAUUUGCACCUUGCAUGACAGUACAUGUAUUUCAUCCCUAUUUUGCAUUUAGGCUACAAGGAACAAAAAGAAAAAAAAAUCCACAUCGGUAGGCAUACAUGUAUUUCAUCCCUAUUUUGCAUUUAGGCUACAGGGUACAAAAAAAAAAAGCAAUCCCUGUCUUGUGACGUUGACAGUUCCAGAAGAUGGAAUGAGGGUCAAUAUUGCGUUACUGUAAAGUCAAAGUAGUAAUAAAUAUGCAGGAAACCGCGCACUGUCUGGUGGAUUGGCAUGUCAGCUUACAUUAAGCUUGAAAUUUCCACUGCCAUUUAUUAUUGAGGUCGAAUAGCCAUUUUACAAGGAAAGGAUGUGUUUACCCUAAAUGACCUAGAAUUUUUCCCACAAAAGUGCAUGUUUAGAGGCAAAUAAAUGUCUCAAGUAUUACUUCUGUUGCUGGAUUUUUACAAUUUUUCAGUAGAAUAUAAUCCCAUGUUUUAAGAAAACCUUAAGUCCAAUAGACCAAUAAAACUCUCAGAAUCAGUAAGAAAAUGGGCAAGUUAUUCAUGGACAAAAUUUAUGGUUAUUUAGGUUACCUUGGUCAACAACCAAGUUGGGUUUUUUUUUUCCGGCAAUAGUGGGAGAAUAAAAGCCUGUGUAAAUGUAUGACUGGGAGUUGUGACAUUUUUAUCCUUUGCGUAUCCAAAUGUUAUUCAAGGUAAACACGUGUACAUGUAUGUAAUUCAUAACUAUUCUUAAUAUUGCUACAGCAUUAUUGUACGUGUGUCAGUGUCUUCAUGUAUUACCCGCCCAUUCUCUACACAGCAGCUUGUGCAUCCCUUACUGAUGGGUACAACCUCUGCUUUCAGUGAGUUUUAGCAUGCAUCUCCAGUCGUCAGUUGGAAACCAGUAAUCGUGAGGAAUUGACUUUAUUCAGAACUAAGAGAGAAUCUGUGUUAGUGCUAGUUUCUUAGUGUUAGCUUCUUAGUGUUUGCUAACUAUAUCAGCAGUCAUGAACACUUGGCAUGAUAAGCCAAGGACCUAUCAGCAGAGCGCAGAGUACGUGGUGGAGGAUUGGCCAGGUACCUGUCUACAAGGGAUGCUCACUGCUGUUGGAUGAAUGUCCCCACAUGUUAACUGAAUCUUCUCCGCCCAAAUGAUAUGUAAAGCCAUCUGAUCUGUUCUAAUCAUAUUGUUCAUGAUUGCUGUGGUGGAUUGUAAUGGCGUAAACAAGCCUGUAGUGUUUCAUUCAUGACCAUCGUCGGGUUUAGAUUUACGAAUUGAAGAUGUUGAAGGGGGAAAAAAAAUACACCGUUUAUCCAGUGAGUUUCUUUUUCUCCAUUGUGGAUUGAUGAGGAUUGAAUGUUGAAACUUCAAUCAUGACCAUUGUGUGCAGUCAUGUAAUACAGUUAACUGUAAAGUAGUGUGGUCUUCAUUGGUGGAAAUAAUAAAAACUUGCAAAAAAACUCUUGAAUCUUU